UCACCUGCAAAUGGUGUACCACCCAAAAUAAUGAAUAGUACAAGGUUUUUCCCGUACUUUAAGGAUUGUGUUGGAGCUAUAGACUGCUCACAUAUUCCAGCGAUGAUCAGUAUAAAAGAGCAAGCCAAGUGGCGUAUUCGAAAAGGAUUUAUUUCCCAAAAUGUGUUAGCAAGCUACUCUUUUGAUUUAACAUUUCAAUAUGUACUAACGGGGUGGGAGGGAUCGGCAUCAGAUUCACGAAUAUUGGCAGAUGCUCUUAACUGA